AUGUCAUCUUCUAGUCAUGACCAGUUCUCCGACAUGACAAAAAUAAGUCCUCAGGCUAUUCAAAUAGUAGCAGAUGCGAACCUAGAUGAUUACUUUGAUGCAUCUGGUAGUUCAUUUGACUAUGCAAGUUCAGCUUAUGCUACGCAGCAAGUUCUUGCUAGUCGACAAACUCAAGACGGGGAUCUAAAAUCUGCUCACCGACGUUACAUGCAAAAAGGUGAAAUGAUCCAGCCAUUUGGUUGUAUGUUAGCCCUGGAUCCGAGAACAUUGAAAGUGAUUGCAUUCAGUGAGAAUGCUCCUGAAAUGCUGACAAUGCCUUCUGAUGAUGUUUCAAGUCUCGGUGGCAAUAUUGCUCUUCACUUUGGCGCGGAUCUGAGAACCUUUUUUGAUGCUCCUGGAAUAGUUAUCCUGCAUAGAGCUUUCAGCUCUAAAGAUCCCGUCCAUUUUAAUCCCAUAUUAGUCCGUUUGAAAACCUCUGGAAGAAGUUUUUAUGCAGUGGUUCACGCAGUAGCACACGCUUUUAUCAUUGACUUUGAGCCGGUGAAUACUAUGGAAGACCCUGUAAGUGUUGCUGGGCCAGUUAAUUCAUAUAUGCUUGCACAGAAAGGAAUUAAGAGGUUGCAGUGUUUGCCUAGAGGGAACAUGCAAAAACUUUGUUCUGCGAUGGUUGAAGAGAUAUUUGAAAUCACCGGUUAUGACAGGGUGAUGGCCUAUAAAUUUCAUGAAGAUGAACAUGGAGAAGUGGUAGCUGAGAUCACGAAGCCAGGCCUUGAACCUUAUCUGGGAUUGCAUUACCCCGCCACAGAUAUUCCUCAGGUAGCUCGCUUUCUCUACAUGAAAAAUAUGGUCCGUAUGAUCUAUGAUUGUCGUGCAAAGCUUGUGAAGGUAGUGAAAGAUGAAAAUUUACAACUUGAUGUCGUCUUGAUUAGUUCAACUUUAAGGGGUCCUCACAGCUGCCAUCAACUUUAUAUGCAAAACAUGAAUUCGCUUGCUUCUCUAGUAAUGGCAGUUGUAGUCAAUGAAUUGGGUAAAGAAGAAUUUGAUACUUCUAGCUUACCAGGGUGGAAGGGCAAAAAACUUUGGGGACUAGUUGUGUGUCAUAACACCACCCCGAAAUAUGUUUCCAUAUUCCUCCGAAAUGCAUGCCAUUUGCUGGCAAAAGUUUUUGCAGUGCAUAUCAGCGAGCAGACAGGACUGGAAAGCCUUAUUCUUGAAAAUUCCAUCAUGCACACUCAAACUCUGUUGUGUGAUAAGCUAUUGCAUGAAACUCCCCUUGGUAUUGUGUCACGAUGCCCAAAUAUGAUGGAUCUUAUUAAAUGUGAUGGCGCAGUCUUAUACUAUGAAAAUAAGUUUUAUAAAAUGGGAGUCACCCCGAGUGACUUUAAGAUGUAUGAUAUACUGACAUGGAUCAGCGUGCUUCAUCCAGAUUCUGCAGGUUUUAUAACGGAUAGCUUGUGUGGUUCAGUGUUCCCAGGGCAUCUUUCUGUUUCGGAUGGCAUAUGUGGGAUGGCAGCAGUGAGGAUAUCUUCAAAAUGUGUGCUUUUCUGGUUCAGAAAUCACACUGAUGCAGUUCUGAAUUGGGGUGGUGCAAAGAAUGAACCUGGUGAAAUAGAUGAUGGCAGUAAAAUGCAUCCUCGGUCAUCUUUUAAAGCUUUUAAGGAAGUUGUGAAAGCCAGAAGUGCACCUUGGAAGGACAUUGAGAUAAGUGCAAUCCACUCCUUGCAACUUGCGUUAUGGAACUCGUUAAACCAUGGUGAAAACAAGGUUCCAAGUGCCACUGCAAUCCAGAUAAAACUUCAAUCCUUAAACGUUCAAGGGAUGCAAAAUCAAACACUUAUUGCCAGGAUGCUCCAACUGAUGGAGAAAGCGAUGGUGCCAAUAUUGUCAGUAGAUCCAGAAGGGCUGGUUAAUGGAUGGAACACAAAACUUGGUGAAUUAACUGGUCUUGAUACUAGUGCAGCCAUAGGGGAAAAUUUGCUCAGGCUCAUAGAAGAAAGUUCAGUUGAUACAGUGAAAAGGGUACUAGGGCUUGCGCUGCAAGUACCUACUAUCUUUUCUCUGUCAGGGAAAGAAGCGAAAAAUUUCCGGUUCAUAAUUAAAACCUAUGGACACCGAACACGUUAUGGUCCAGCUAUCUUACGAGUAAAUGUUUUCGCCAUCAGAGAUCUUCUUGGCCAUGUUGUUCACUUGUGCUUUGUGACAAAUAAUAUAACAAGUGAAAACAUUAUUGUAGACAAAUUUAUUAGAAGAGAAACUGGCUAUAAAGCUAUUAUGCAAAAUAUAAGGUCAUUGAACCCCCCAAUAUUUGGCCCAGAUGAAUUUUGUAAUUGUGUUGAGUGGAACCAAGCUAUGACAGAGUUAUCAGGAUGGGGUAGAGAAGAGGUUGUAGGCAAGAUGCUUCUGGGGGAGGUUUUCGGGACCCGUGCACCAUUGUGCAGGCUCAAAAAUGAAGAGGCUUUGGUGAAUCUUGGUAUUGCACUCAAAACUGCUCGCUAUUGUCAAGAAUCUGAAAGUAUUAGCUUUGGAUUUUUUGCACGGAGUGGAAGGUAUAUAGAAUGUCUGCUCCGCACAAAUAGAAGGUUGAAUGCAGAGGGUGAAGCUACUGGUACCUUUUGCUUCUUGCAGCUAGCAAGUCCAAAGUUGAUGCAGGUGUAUCAAUUUCAACGGAUGACAGAUCACACAACAGACAAAACAAAGGAAACAAUAGCUUAUUUUAAGCAGCAAGUAAACAGUUCUGUAUCAGGGAUUUUAUAUACCGGGAAGAUGUUGGAAGGAAUCGAUUUGAAUGAAGAGCACAAAAAAAGUCUUCAUAAAUGCCAGCUUCAGCUUAGCGAAAUUCUUGAUCACACAGAUAUUGAUAGCAUGAUUGACGGGUACGUAAAGCUACAAGUGUCAGAGUUCAAACUCCAUGAAGUGUUUGUGGCCUCUAUGAGUCAAGUUAUGAGGAGAAUCAUGGAAAAGAACAUUCGUAUGGUUAAUGAUUAUGCGGAUGAUAUAAUGUCUGUGAAAUUAUAUGGAGACGCACUGCGGCUCCAACAAGUCCUUGCAGAUUUCAUGUCAACCUGUGUUGGCCUUGCACCCUACGGUGGGCAACUAGGCGUGUCAGCUCGUUUGAUCAACAAUACUAAUUCAGAGGACUCUGUUCAACCUGCAGUGAAUUUCGAGCUCAGAAUAACACAUGAUGGAUGCGAGAUACCAGAAGACUUGAUGAAGCAGAUGUUGGGAAGUGGUGCUAAAUCUGAGGAUGGCAUGAGCCUGUUUGUUAGCAGAAAGAUAUGGAAAGUCAUGAACGGAGAUGUUGGAUACUCGAGAGAGGAUGGUAGAUCUGUGUGGAUCAUAUCUGCCAAAUUUGCGGGAGCUGUCCAGUCUGAUAUAUGAGAAUGCAAUAUAUGGUUUGUGCUUGCUGCUGCUGAUGAUGAUGAUGGGGAGUCGGAGUGUUUGUGUGUGAUGCGAUGUAAGACUCGUAUUUACUGUUGUGCACUUAUGUUUUCCUUUGGAACGAUUCGUGUUUAUGUUCUUGUUACUUUUCAACUGCUUCUGGGUGUAUAAAUGUUUCUAGUU